AUGUCAGGUCUUGAUGUGGAGGCUCUUCUUGAGUCUACAGCUGCCUCUGCCGAAAUCACCGCCCCGAAGACAGAAGAACGCGAUGAUCGUUCCCGUGCAGACCCUUCCGAAAGCCGCGACCGAGAUCUCUCCCGUGAGCGGCGCCGACGCCGUGACCGCAGCCGUGACCGUCGCCGUGAUGUUGAUGGCGAUGAGGACAUGAAGAGCCCACACAGCGAGCAUGGCAGUGCUAACGGAAGCCAUAGAAGCCGGAAGAGAAGCCGUAGUCGCGACAGCGAGCGACGCCGCUCUCGUCGCGACCGCGAUGGCUAUCGCUCGAGUGGUGACUUCUAUCGUGGGCCUGGGCGUGCCAGGACUCGCUCGCGUUCGCCUUAUAAUGACCGUCACUAUCGCCCAUCUCGACGUGAGCGGGAAGAAGAAAGACGCCCUCGGCGUGACCGCGAAGGUGGUCGUCGCCGAAGUCCCAGUCGCCGCAGCCCAAGCAAAUCCCCUGAGCUCAACGAGGACGAGCGCGACAAAAGAACUAUUUUCGUUCAACAAUUGGCUGCCCGUUUGAGGACCAAAGAGCUGAUGGCAUUUUUUGAACAAGCCGGCCCUGUGAAAGAGGCUCAGAUUGUGAAGGACCGAGUUAGCGGUAGAUCCAAAGGUGUCGGUUAUGUCGAGUUCAAAAGCGAAGACUCUGUUCCGGCUGCCAUUCAACUUACCGGCCAGAAACUUUUAGGCAUUCCUAUCAUCGCACAGCUCACUGAAGCUGAAAAGAACCGUCAAGCUCGCAAUCCCGAGGCGAGCUCCGGCCCGUCUCACUCGGCGCCGUUCCACCGACUCUAUGUGGGUAAUGUCCAUUUCAGCAUUACUGAGAGUGAUCUUCAGAAUGUCUUCGAGCCUUUUGGCGAACUUGAAUUUGUCCAGUUGCAAAAGGAUGAGACUGGUCGUAGCAAAGGUUACGCGUUUGUGCAAUUCCGUGACCCAAAUCAAGCACGAGAGGCUUUGGAGAAGAUGAAUGGCUUUGAUCUUGCGGGUCGAGCAAUCCGAGUGGGCCUUGGCAACGAUAAGUUCACCCCCGAUUCGAACGCGAAUCGUCAGCAGGGCGCGUCUGCAAACCAACCGAAUUUCCAGGGCUCCUCAUUUUCCGGCCAUGGAGGUCGUGGUGUCCAAGCCGGUGGCUCGAGUAACUUUGACCGAGCUGGUGGUGGUCGGGAUACUGAUAAGGGCACCGGCGCAAGUGCUCUCGAUGACACAGACGUUGCGGGCGUGAACUUCAACAACUACAGUAGAGAUGCAUUGAUGAGGAAGCUUGCACGAACAGAUGAACCCGACCCCUCGGUCGAUGAGCAACAGAAACUUCUUCGACCCAAGACUGAGGUGAAGCCUUUGCCUGUCAACGUGAAUAUGGCCAGUCGCUGUGUCAUGCUUCGAAACAUGUUCGACCCUAAUGAAGAAACCGGCGAAGCGUGGAUCAAGGAACUUGAGGAUGAUGUCCGCCAAGAGUGCGAGGACAAGUACGGCCAUGUGGUCCACAUUUCGCUGGAUCCAAACUCCCAAGGCGACAUCUAUCUCAAGUUUGAUCGUGUCCAAGGCGGUGAGAAUGCCAUCAAAGGUCUAAACGGUCGUUUCUUUGGCGGCAGGCGUAUUACCGCACAGCCUGUCGUCGAUGCUGUUUACAGCAGUCUUUUCAGUCGCACCAAGGCCAUCUGA